CACGAGUCAAUCCCUGCUGAGGGGUAAGCGACGUCAUACUGAAAACCCAGUAUUACUGUAUCUCAUCCCCUCUGGCUGCAACAUCUCACACAGCGCCAGGCCGACUACCUUCUCCAAAUAUUGCCAAUCGCUUUCACGAUCACGAUGGUGUCCGAGAAUGUUCUCCAGCUCUGUCAAGCAACAGAGACAGUCAGCUCUGUCCUUGCGAAGGAUCCAACCAAGGCUCCCGGAGACGUCGUCAAGAAGCUCUACGGACACCACAAGAAGAUCUUCAACCGUGAGCCCGAGAAGGAUCGAGGAGCUACAUCUGCUCGAUUGCAGGAGCAGGCGCUCAAAUGCGGUCGCUGGGGCCCGACGCAACCAAGCCCUCUCUUCUUGCAGGCCUAUGCCGAUGCACUGAUCUGCUUGGACGCUGACCCCAUGGCCGGGGUGGUCUCUCCUCCUUUGAUGGGCUCUCAUGGAACUGUGCCUCUUACCGUUAUUGGCCCAUUGGCAGAUAUCAUUCGACACUGUUCGAACAUGAUUGUGCGCGCUGAGCGUGAGAUCUUUUUCAUCACGUGUUCUUGGUCGCCGUCAGUCGCACAGAGACUCAUCAAGGAUGCCUUGAUCGAACUUUCAAGGAGAGCUGGAGAGAGGGGACAGAGAGUAGUGGUCAAGAUGAUGUACGAUAAGGCCGCAGCUGCGAACAUCAUUGACGCGCAUCAGCUUGUGAAGCCAGCGGCAUACUCAGGCGAGAAGAUCCAACUCCCAAAGCCGGAAGAAAUACCAAAUAUCGAUCUGGAGAUUAUCAGUCUUCACAAAUUGGUGUUGGGAACGCUGCAUGCCAAGUUCUGUGUCGUAGAUCGCAAGGUGGCGGCGAUCAUGAGCAACAAUAUGGAGGACAACGACAAUGUCGAGAUGAUGAUCCAUGUGGAGGGGCCGAUUGUGGAUAGUAUCUACGACACGGCGCUCAUCACCUGGAACAACCACCUCAACCCGCCUCUUCCUUCCCAUGCCACACCGGCAACUGAAGGCGGUCUGCCCACUUCCGAUCAAACGCCCAUAUACUUGGACCGCGGCCCGGCACGAGAACAACACGAAAUCGCGGCUGAAGGACAAGCAGUGCGUCUUCCAGAGCACAUGCCCGGGGACCCUCACUGGGACACCGAUAUCAACCAAGAGAUCACACGCAUGCAAUCCGCCUACUCCAUAAAACCUAACGAAUCCCACCUCCAAGCCGCAAACCGCCAACUGAACCUCGCCUGCAAGCACCCCAUCCCCCCAUCCGGACCGGAGAUUCCUCAGGGCGAGGAAAUGACCCCCUACAUCUCCUCCAUGACAGCUACACCUGUGCCAAUGGCUCUUGUCUCGCGGCCCCCCUACGGUCCCCCAAACAUGCACAACGUCUACGUGCCCCAGAACGAAGCCUGGCUCUCCUGCAUCCGCAACGCAACACGCACAGUCUUCAUCCAAACACCUGACCUCAACGCCGCGCCACUCAUCCCUGCGCUCGCUGCGGCGCUGAAGCGUGGGAUACGGGUCACGUAUUAUAUCUGCUUUGGGUAUAACGACGCAGGGGAGAUCAUCCCGGGGCAAGGCGGGACCAACGAUCAGGCUGCUCAGGCGCUCGUGAAGUCCAUCACUGAGGAAGAACGCGAGCUUCUUCAUAUCUGCUAUUACGUUGGCAAAGACCAAGAUCAUCCUAUUCAUCAGAGCUUCAAGCAAAGGAGUUGUCAUAUCAAAUUGCUGAUUGUGGACGAGCAUGUCGGUAUCCAGGGCAGUGGGAACCAGGAUACGCAAAGUUGGUACCAUAGUCAGGAACUCAAUGUUAUGCUUGACAGUGAGGAGAUUUGUCGGAAGUGGAGGGAGGGCAUUGAGCGGAAUCAGAAUACGGAGAGGUUUGGGGUUGCUGCGAAGGAUGGGGUUUGGAGGGAUGGGGAUGGAAAUCCCGGGGCUGGGUAUAUGGGAAACCCCGGGAAAGUGGAGGGGCUUUUUAAGGGGGUGGGCGGGAUGCUGAAGAAGAUGAGGGAUAAGGGGGGCUUUUAGGAUUGAGGGGUGGGCAUGGGAGCUGAUUGUUUACGAAGUAGUACACGGCGAUGCAGGAUGGUGCUGGAUCUAUUGAGGUUAUUUUGGGAAAAGAUAUCCAGUGUUAGAAUAUUGGGAAACGAGCAAUUGAAUGAGAAUACAGAAGUCACCUGUACUUAAGUCGUGAAAAGGAAAACAUUGUUCCAGGC